AUGAAAGUAGCGGAACCUGACAGCGAACCGCCCAAGACAAAGAACGAAAUGCCCAUGAUCCACGUCGAGAAACCUACCGUGGAGAUCACUCCUGAAAUGAAGAUCAGUUUCCUCGGCCAGGUUGAAGUCAUCAUCACCCCAGACAAGACUUCGAAUGCCCGGCUUGUUUCCGUGAAGGCUCAACAGUCGGCUGAACGCAAUGUGUACGAUUGUGGGACCUAUCUUUGUCUUGAGGAUCGACAGAUUCUCGGCGUCAUCGACGAAGCCAUUGGACGAGUCCAAGAUCCAUAUUACACCUUCUUCAUCACU